GGGGCACACGCGCUGGCGUCCUGCUGCGUGCGCUCACCCUGAGGCAGCGCCUCUCCCGCCAGCCCUUCCUUCCUGGCCUGGAGCCGCACGGCACAGCUCAGCGCUUGAAGGGCCGCUCUCCCUUCUCUCAGCCUCCAAAAUUAGGAGGUGGGGGGGGGGGAACAGCGGGAGGACUGGGCUGACAGGGAGCGCUCCUCGAGCCACACUCCUCGAGCCAGGGGAGGCCGGCAGGGAAACCGUGAGGAGGGAAACCGUGAGGAGGGAAACCGUGAGGAGGGGGCCGCGGAGUGAGCAGAGAGGACAGCACCGCGGCCCCGCUACAGCCCCGCAUCGGAGCCGCACGCGCAGCCCGCCGCCGCCGCCGCCGCUUUCCCACGGCCGGCCCGAGGGGCGGGGCCGAGCGGGGCCGGGCGGCGGCCAUUGGCUGAGGGCGUCGCGGCGGCGGCCAAUGGGGGAGGCGGGGACCGCGCGUGGCGGCGGCGGGCGGCGGGCGGCGGCGGGCGUGCUCUGCGCGGCUCUGCCCGGCCAGCGGCGGCCCGCCCGCGGCGGGUAAGAGGCGAGGCGUGGGAACGCCAUGGGGGAGACGGGCGCGGGGCGAGGCGCGGGGCGCGCGCCGGGCGCCCUCCUGCCGCGCGCCCUCCUGCCGCGCGCCGCCCGCCGCCCGCUCGGCGGCCGCCCGCGCGCCGCCGCCAUGAAGCGGGCGCACCCCGAGUACAGCUCGUCGGACAGCGAGGAGCUGGACGAGGCCGUGGAGGUGGAGAAGGAGAGCGCGGACGAGAACGGGAACCUGAGCUCGACCGCGGGCUCCGCGUCGCCGUCCGCCACCUCGCAGAUCCUGGCCAGGAAGCGGCGCCGAGGGAUCAUCGAGAAGCGCCGCCGCGACCGCAUCAACAACAGCCUGUCCGAGCUGCGCCGGCUGGUGCCCAGCGCCUUCGAGAAGCAGGUAGGCAGGCGGCUGAGCGGGGCUCUGCCCGCCGCGCCGGGGCUCUGCCCGCAGCUCCCGCCCCUCUCUCCUCAGGGAUCGGCCAAGCUGGAGAAAGCCGAGAUCCUGCAGAUGACCGUGGAUCACCUGAAGAUGCUGCACACGGCCGGAGGGAAAGGUUAUUUCGAUGCUCAUGCUUUGGCUAUGGACUACCGGAGUCUCGGGUUCCGAGAGUGCCUGGCUGAAGUGGCUCGAUACUUGAGCAUUAUAGAGGGCCUGGAUGCCUCUGACCCGCUGCGGGUCCGACUCGUGUCUCACCUCAAUAACUACGCCUCUCAGCGGGAAGCAGCGAGCGGUGCGCAUGCCGGCAUUGGACACAUUCCUUGGGGCAACGCCUUUGGACAUCACCCUCACAUAUCUCACCCAUUGCUGCUGCCUCAAAAUGGGCCCGGCAAUACCAGCACCACAGCAUCUUCUUCAGAACCGCAUCACCAGGGCAGAAUCGCCGCCUCACAUGCUGAAACUUCCUCACUCAGAGUGCCCCCAAAUGGCAGCGUCGGACCAGUGCUCCCCGUGGUCACAUCUACUACCAAACUGUCUCCUCCUCUUCUCUCCUCCAUGGCGUCGCUGUCUGCGUUCCCCUUUUCGUUCGGCUCCUUCCAUCUACUGUCCCCCAAUAUGCUGAGCCCGUCUGCACCAACACAAUCAGCAAACCUUGGCAAACCAUACAGACCGUGGGGGACUGAGAUCGGAGCCUUCUAAGAACUAACUCUUUAGUAAGGGUGGGGAAGCCUGCAAACCUAGCGGAGCUGGGUUAUGCCACUCUUAACACUGAAGUUCUUAAUAACUGGGACAAAGGUACAGCUUCACCUUAACUAAAUUUGUCUGAAAACUGUCUCUUUGGAUUUUGUUUCGUUUUGUUGUUGUUUUCUACAUUUUUGUAUUAGCAGGCUUUUUCUUUUUCUUUGAUAGUUGUCUGAAAAUAAAGUUAACAGUAGUGGAUGUUAACACUUGUGUUAGAUCUGUGCUGAACGUUGACAUCAAUUCUGUAACAGCUCGCUUCAAACGUUCCGUCUUUCCUGAGUACAUCGGACUGCCUUUUUAUGAAGAGGUAUCACCUAUUGUUGUUAGCUACAGCCUAGUUUAGUUAUUAAUUUUUCCAAGACCACUCUUCUCAGCCUUAACAAGCUGUGUUUUUGUUAGUAUUUUGACACUGAGAUGUUCUAUAAGGAAUUACUGCUUUUGUAAACUAUACAGGAGUCUUAUAUUUCUGAACAAAGCGUUGACAAAUCAGAUGGACCAGCUUGACCAGCUUUAUCUCAGAGCCCAGUUUCUCUUUCUUCUGCUGUGAUUUGGUAUACUUGGAGGUCUUAUUCUAGUCCCUAGUGGACGUUUACUUGCAUCACAGAAUCACUGCGUUAUUUCUUCCACCCAAAGGAGCAGUAUGUGCUUCAGUGCAGACUUCAGAAUGGGGAGGGUGCAAAAGUGAAAUUAGAAACUACAGUUGGUGGUGAGUUUCGUUGCUGGAGACGUGGAAAAUUUGUUACCCACAGUAGCCUUCCAGCGUGUUCGAUUCACGGGGCCAGAUUCUGCUCUGAGUUACAGUAGAGCAAUUGCUGUGUUACUGGUAUUCUUGGGUAACUGAAAGCAGAUUCUUUCCCUUUGUGAGCUUCAAAUCUGCACCUGAAACAAAUUAUGCUGGUAUUUAGAUAUCCAAUGGAAUGGUACAGUGGGAACCUGUUCAGUGCACGGCUUCGUUGCUUAACAAAUGUAUCCUAACUGGUGUGUUGGUUUUAUUUUUUGUUCUUGCAUUUUGCUUUUAGGGGCAGUUCAGUGCCACUCCUCAUUUUGCAAGGGCUCUGCUGCACUCUCGUGUGCGUGAGUGUGUGUGCGUGUGUGUGUGUGUACAUGUAUAUUUUGUUUGAUUUCAUGAGAAUCUUAAUCUGAACAGGUUUAUCUAGUGAGUUCCACUGGACUGGGCUUGACUGCUCUUGUAUUUGUGUCGUGGUUAAAUAAAGGAGAAAGAACAAUGUAUUUUAAAUGA